AUGGAAGACAUUCGCCGGAUUUCCCUCAUCGACCAUACCGACCCCUCACAUCACCCAGUCGAUGAAGAGGCGCUGUCUCAAACCCCCACGGCUGCAGGAUCGCGAGCCGGCUCCAGGCGAUUCAGCAGAGUGUCCGUGCGUGGUGAACUCAAGCGACGAAAGUAUGCCAAAUGGCAGAAAGACCGAUUGAGGCUCUCAGAGGACAAUAGCUCAAGCAGAAAGCCGUCACAGUUGGUGAAUCCACUGUCUCACAUGGAUACGAAUACAAAUACCAUAUCUGGGGAGAGCGCUUUAUCUGGCCCCUCUCAAUCCGGAAUCGAGCAGCAUGAAAUCGAUGCGACGGAUUUUGCGUCCUCAACGAACGGAGAGCGCGAUUCCGCGGUGCAUCACCAACAGCAGAACUACGACUGCAACAAGAGCAAUAAAUGUGCUCAUUCCGUCAGCGAAUUGGACAUCCUCUACGAAAACCAGCGCGGUUGGUUCUUCUUCGGCAUUCCGUUGUACUCUCACAGCUCGCUGCUCAAUUUCGACCCUAGCCCUUGGGUCACCCACGACUUCCGCGAGAGCCCUGUCAACAUCACCAACGCUCAACUGCCAGAUCCAAGCUGGGAAUGGGCUUGGCGGUCAUGGUAUGUCGAUAUGUCCGGCGACGUCGACGACCAGGGCUGGCAGUAUUCGUUCUCGUUUAGCUCAAAAGCCUGGCAUGGAUCUCAUCCCUGGUUCCAUUCGUUUGUUCGAAGACGGCGAUGGGUUAGACUGCGCGUAAAGCGCGCUGCGGAGAAGACACAUCGUGGCCGAUCGGGGUUCGAGAUGGCUCACAUGCUCAAUGAGGAUUAUUUCACAAUUCACUCCGCACGGAAGCAAAGCAAAGCCGCCAGUUCAAUAGCGGCGUCCCGGCAGCCCACGUCGGGGCAUCUGAGCCGCGCAACCACUGGAGUGGAAGAGGAGGCUCCAUUGGAAGAGAUAGGAAAUAUUCCUACGCUAAUGUAUGCCCUGAGAGCUGCCAUUGUUGAUCGUGAGAAGAUAGACGCUCUGAAGCGUUUCAUCGAGGAGGGGGGCGAAGAGCUUCAUUACCUGGAUGACAAGAUCCCUGAAAUCAUGUCGAUGUUUGUCUUCCAAAACUCGAGAUGGCAGUUCCUCACCCACUUGGUGAGUGUCAUCAACGAGCUCUCCCAGGCAGGAGCCGAAAAAGAUAAUUCAGACGCCGAAGAGAUGCGCCGCAAACAAAACAAUCUCACGAAAGCUGCAGAGACAGUGAGACGGCAUAUCACAGGGCCCGAGUUAUUGGGUUCCGAGCAUCACGAGUCGAUGAACUUGACUCCUGCCUCGAAGCAUGAUCUGUUGGAGAACUGCUCCAAAAGGUCCUUGUUCAGAUCCGUCGACAAUGGCGGACAGAUCAAGGGUAUCCCUGAGGCAGCGGAAAUCGGCCUUGAAGGCCAUAUACACCGUCCUUCUUAG